CAGGGAUGAUAGACGAGUUUCCCUCUAUUACCAGUUGGGGGGGGCGUUCAAGAGACAUGGUAAAUACCACCAUCCUACUUGGUUAUAAACGCACUAUUAGGCGCAGCGCGUGCGGGUUGACCGAUUCCGCUUUUUCGGUCGGUGAGGAAAUAUUCGGGUGAAAGGUUAGGCAACGUUAUAACUCAAACUCCAGUAACAAAGUCCACAGUUACUUUCCGGACACUGCGACAGAUCGACUACUAUAUCCAAUCCUGAGAUCCACCGACAAGGCAACUUUCUCCAGCAGUCGUGGGCGACCCUGAACUGAAGCAGGUAAAGUAUACAGACAUUGCACACUUUUCUACCCUAAUGUUCCGUGUUUGUUUAGUCCAAAUGUUUAUCGAAUUUACAAGUUCCGCGUUUAGGAGACGUAGGCCUACACUCAUUCAGUCGAUUUUGUGGUGGGAAAUGUGAACACUGCGUAAUUACGCAUUUACUAACGGAUUUCGUACGAGUGAGGAUUCGGAUUAGCUAAAAGUAGGACUCGUCCCAAUCCGUUAUCUGGCUGCUUGGAUGAAAUGUUUACCAGCACGCAUGUAGCCUACGGGCGGGUUCUUCCGCUCCUCGCCUUUUUGUUGUUGUUGCUGAAGUAGGUAUAUUCAGCAUGUUGACACCUGAUAAACAUUGAAUUAACAACACAUAUUGAUAUCAGUUUAUCAUUAAGCAUAACGCCUAUCAUAGAGUAUCUUGGUCGUCUGCUUCAAACCAAUAAUUAAACUUCAACCACAGACACCGACUACAGGAAUACGAGUUGGUUGUAUGUAGGCUACAGUAGGCAUACAAACAGAUUUGGGACCAGCCUUGGGUUUUUGUAAUCUUGUCUGAACAAGUGCAUAUAUUGCAUUCCAUAAAAGCCAAUUCAUCACGACUAGAUUUCAUUCUGAACGGCUGCUUUAGUUCAUUGCCGGGGUGUCAUUUCUCUGCAAGAAGUGGACGCAUUCGAGAUCAAAGUCGUUACUGCCACCCAUAUAGCAACCCAUAGCAACACUGUUGCAAAGUAGCUGUAAUUAAGUUUUCUGAAAUCAACAGUGGCAGUGCUUAUAUGUCUAUUUCAUUCAAUUACCAAAUACUUUAAUGGAAAACAUAGAUGGCAAUAGUUCAUCAGCUUUACACCGUGAAAUAUAGCUAGGUAAGGAAUGUAUUUUUUGUUGUUUGUUGCAGAAGUAGGUCUAUUCCGCAUGUUGACGCCUGAGAAACAUUGAGUUAACAACACAUAUUGAUAUCAGUUUAGUAUUAAGCAUAACGGCUAGCAUAGAAUAGCUUGGUCGUCUGCUUCAAACAAGUGCAUAUAUUUGAUCUCGAAACCUGAAGAAUAGGCCCAGGAUAGCUGGACAUAGUUCUUCAGUUUUAUGCUGCAGUAAUCAGCAUAUUCAGGUAAAGAAGUAGAAUCAUUUGAAUUACACUACCGGUCAAAUGUUUUAGAACACUUACCCAUUCAAGGGUUUUUCUUUAUAUUUACUAUUUUCUACAUUGUAGAAUAAUAGUGAAGACAUCAAAACUAUGAAAUAACACAUAUGGAAUCAUGUAGUAACCAAAAAAGUGUUAAACAAAUCAAGAUAUAUUUUAUGUUUGAGAUUCUUCAAAUAGCCACCCUUUGCCUUGAUGACAGCUUUGCACACUCUUGGCAUUCUCUCAACCAGCUUCACCUGGAAUGCUUUUCCAACAGUCUUGAAGGAGUUCCCACAUAUGCUGAGCACUUGUUGGCUGCUUUUCCUUCACUCUGCGGUCCGACUCAUCCCAAACCAUCUCAAUUUGGUUGAGGUCGGGGGAUUGUGGAGGCUAAGUCAUCUGAUGCAGCACUCCAUCACGCCCCUUCUUGGUAAAAUAGCCCUUACACAGCCUGGAGGUGUGUUGGGUCAUUGUCCUGUUGAAAAACAAAGGAUAGUCCCACUAAGCCCAAACCGGAUGGGAUGGCGUAUCGCUGCAGAAUGCUGUGGUAGCCAUGCUGGUUAAGUGUGCCUUAAAUUCUAAAUAAAUCACAGACAGUGUCACCAGCAAAGCACCCCCAUGCCAUAACACCUCCUCCUUCAUGCUUUACGGUGGGAAAUACACAUGCAGAGAUCAUCCGUUCACCCACACUGCGUCUCACAAAGACAUGGCGGUUGGAACAAAAACUCUCCAAUUUGGACUCCAGACCAAAGGACACAUUUCCAGCAGUCUAAUGUGAUCGGGUGAAAUCAUGAAGCAAGUGGACAGAGAAAUACAGCUUCACUCUAUCCAAUCAGAGCAGCAGGAUCAAUAUACAGCCCGCCCAUCUCUUUAAAGACAGGCAAACUAGCCAGCUGAGCUUUUUAGACGAUGUAGCGCCUUACUUGACUGACUGACAUGAGAAAGACGCAUGCUGGCACCCGAAAAUUACUUUUUUUCCGAUCACGGAUUAUUAAAAAAAUACUCUGAUCAUAAUCGUAUCAAGAAAAAUUGCCCAUAUCCGUUACUAUACCCGUUUGUCCGACUACUCGGCACACCUCUAGUAAUUACCACCUUCCCACUUGGUUAUGAAGGCAGCAUAAGUUGAUGGAGUAAUGCUGCGUUCAUAACAGAGUGAGAAGGUGGUAAGUACCAGUUAUGACGUCGUAAAUACCAGUUGGAUGCAUUCACAUGCUUUGAACUCAUUGAGAAACUGCAAUUGGCUAAAAGCCAACAAGCUGCAUCAACCAAAUCAAAUCAAAUCCAAUUUGAUUUGCCACAUGCGCCGAAUAUAACAGGUGUAGACAUUACCGUGAAAUGCUUACUUACAGCCCUUAACCAACAAUGCAUUUAUUUCUUAAUAAAAAAGUAAAAUAAAACAACAACAACAAAAAAGUGUUGAGAAAGAAUGAGCAGAAGUAAAAUAAAAUAACAGUAGGGAGGCUAUAUACAGGGGGGUACCGAUGCAAAGUCAAUGUGCGGGGGCACCGGCUAGUUGAGGUAGUUGAGGUAAUAUGUACAUGUGGGUAGAGUUAAAGUGACUAUGCACAAAUAAUUAACGGAGUAGCAGCAGCGUAAAAAGAUGGGGUGGGGGUGCAAAUAGUCUGGGUAGCCAUGAUUAGCUGUUCAGGAGUCUUAUGGCUUGGGGGUAGAAGCUUUUUGGACCUAGACUUGGCGGUAGCAGAGAGAACAGUCUAUGACUAGGGUGGCUGGAGUCUUUGAUAAUUUUGAGGGUCUUCCUCUGACACCGCCUGGUAUAGAGGUCCUGGAUGGCAGGAAGCUUGGCCCCAGUGAUGUACUGGGCCGUACGCACUACCCUCUGUAGUGCCUUGCGGUCGGAGGCCGAGCAGUUGCCAUACCAGGCAUACCUAAAAGUAUGGAUAUCAUGCUUGUAAAGGAAUUAUAGUGUUACAAAAACAUAAUAAUAGAUUGCUUUUUAUAAAUAAUGUUUUGUUGUUGCAUUUAACUGCCGAAAAUGCUGUUCUGGAGGUCAUUUCCUUAUUAGGUGACGUCUGAGGUCAGCAUGUGGGAGAAGUCUGAGCUCAGGGAUGAUAGACGAGUUUCCCUCUAUUACCAGUUGGGGGGGCGUUCAAGAGACAUGGUAAAUACCACCAUCCUACUUGGUUAUAAACGCACUAUUAGGCGCAGCGCGUGCGGGUUGACCGAUUCCGCUUUUUCGGUCUGUGAGGAAAUAUUCGGGUGAAAGGUUAGGCAACGUUAUAACUCAAACUCCAGUAACAAAGUCCACAGUUACUUUCCGGACACUGCGACAGAUCGACUACUAUAUCCAAUCUUGAGAUCCACCGACAAGGCAACUUUCUCCAGCAGUCGUGGGCGACCCUGAACUGAAGCAGGUAAACUAUACAGACAUUGCACACUUUUCUACCCUAAUGUUCCGUGUUUGUUUAGUCCAAAUGUUUAUCGAAUUUACAAGUUCCGCGUUUAGGAGACGUAGGCCUACACUCAUUCAGUCGAUUUUGUGGUGGGAAAUGUGAACACUGCGUAAUUUACUAACGGAUUUCGUACGAGUGAGGAUUCGGAUUAGCUAAAAGUAGAACUCGUCCCAAUCCGUUAUCUGGCUGCUUGGAUGAAAUGUUUACCAGCACGCAUGUAGCCUACGGGCGGGUUCUUCCGCUCCUCGCCUUUUUGUUGUUGUUGCUGAAGUAGUAGGUAUAUUCAGCAUGUUGACACCUGAUAAACAUUGAAUUAACAACACAUAUUGAUAUCAGUUUAUCAUUAAGCAUAACGCCUAUCAUAGAGUAUCUUGGUCGUCUGCUUCAAACCAAUAAUUAAACUUCAACCACAGACACCGACUACAGGAAUACGAGUUGGUUGUAUGUAGGCUACAGUAGGCAUACAAACAGAUUUGGGACCAGCCUUGGGUUUUUGUAAUCUUGUCUGAACAAGUGCAUAUAUUGCAUUCCAUAAAAGCCAAUUCAUCACGACUAGAUUUCAUUCUGAACGGCUGCUUUAGUUCAUUGCCGGGGUGUCAUUUCUCUGCAAGAAGUGGACGCAUUCGAGAUCAAAGUCGUUACUGCCACCCAUAUAGCAACCCAUAGCAACACUGUUGCAAAGUAGCUGUAAUUAAGUUUUCUGAAAUCAACAGUGGCAGUGCUUAUAUGUCUAUUUCAUUCAAUUACCAAAUACUUUAAUGGAAAACAUAGAUGGCAAUAGUUCAUCAGCUUUACACCGUGAAAUAUAGCUAGGUAAGGAAUGUAUUUUUUGUUGUUUGUUGCAGAAGUAGGUCUAUUCCGCAUGUUGACGCCUGAGAAACAUUGAGUUAACAACACAUAUUGAUAUCAGUUUAGUAUUAAGCAUAACGGCUAGCAUAGAAUAGCUUGGUCGUCUGCUUCAAACAAGUGCAUAUAUUUGAUCUCGAAACCUGAAGAAUAGGCCCAGGAUAGCUGGACAUAGUUCUUCAGUUUUAUGCUGCAGUAAUCAGCAUAUUCAGGUAAAGAAGUAGAAUCAUUUGAAUUACACUACCGGUCAAAUGUUUUAGAACACUUACCCAUUCAAGGGUUUUUCUUUAUAUUUACUAUUUUCUACAUUGUAGAAUAAUAGUGAAGACAUCAAAACUAUGAAAUAACACAUAUGGAAUCAUGUAGUAACCAAAAAAGUGUUAAACAAAUCAAGAUAUAUUUUAUGUUUGAGAUUCUUCAAAUAGCCACCCUUUGCCUUGAUGACAGCUUUGCACACUCUUGGCAUUCUCUCAACCAGCUUCACCUGGAAUGCUUUUCCAACAGUCUUGAAGGAGUUCCCACAUAUGCUGAGCACUUGUUGGCUGCUUUUCCUUCACUCUGCGGUCCGACUCAUCCCAAACCAUCUCAAUUUGGUUGAGGUCGGGGGAUUGUGGAGGCUAAGUCAUCUGAUGCAGCACUCCAUCACGCCCCUUCUUGGUAAAAUAGCCCUUACACAGCCUGGAGGUGUGUUGGGUCAUUGUCCUGUUGAAAAACAAAGGAUAGUCCCACUAAGCCCAAACCGGAUGGGAUGGCGUAUCGCUGCAGAAUGCUGUGGUAGCCAUGCUGGUUAAGUGUGCCUUAAAUUCUAAAUAAAUCACAGACAGUGUCACCAGCAAAGCACCCCCAUGCCAUAACACCUCCUCCUUCAUGCUUUACGGUGGGAAAUACACAUGCAGAGAUCAUCCGUUCACCCACACUGCGUCUCACAAAGACAUGGCGGUUGGAACAAAAACUCUCCAAUUUGGACUCCAGACCAAAGGACACAUUUCCAGCAGUCUAAUGUCCAUUGCUUGAGUUUCUUGGCUCAAGCAAGUCUCUUCUUGUUAUUGGUGUCCUUUAGUAGUGGUUUCUUUGCAGCAAUUCGACCAUGAAGGCCUGAUUCACACAGUCUCCUCUGAACAGUUGAUGUUGAGGUGUGUCAGUUACUUGAACUCUGUGAAUAAUUUAUUUGGACUGCAAUUUCUGAGGCUGGUAACACUAAUGAACUUAUCCUCUGCAGCAGAGGUAACUCUGUGUCUUCCAUUCCUGUGGCUGUCCUCAUGAGAGGCAGUUUCAUCAUAGCGCUUGAUGGUUUUUGUGACUGCACUUUUUCCGUAUUGACUGACCUUCAUGUCUUAAAGUAAUGAUGGACUGUCGUUUCUCUUUGCUUAUUUGAGCUGUUUUUGCCAUAAAAUGGACUUUUACCAAAUAAGGCUAUCUUCUGUAUACCCCCACUAUCUUGUCACAACACAACUGAUUGGCUCAAAUGCAUUAAGAAGGAAAGAAAUUCCACAAAUUAACUUUUAGGAAGGCACAUCAGUUAAUUGAAAUGCAUUGACUACCUCAUGAAGCUGAUUGAGAGAAUGCCAAGAGUGUGCAAAGCUGUCAUCAAAGCAAAGGGUGGUUAUUUGAAGGAUCUCAAAUAUAAAAUUUGUUUAACACUUUAUUUUGGUUACUACAUGAUUCCAUAUGUGUUAUUUCAUAGUUUUGAUGUUUUCACUAUUAUUCUAAAAUGUAGAAAAUAGUAAAAAGAAAGAAAAACCCUUGAAUUAGUAGGUGUUCUAAAACGUUUGAGCGGUAGUGUACAAGAAGAAAACUUUAUUGUCCAUUAUCUUGCAGUAGAGAAUGAAAAUGUAUAUUUGCUCCGAACCCAAAGUAGCUUAAUCUGUUUUUAUGUCAUAUCAAUAGUUUUCAUGACCUGCCCUGAGUAAACAUGGGAAACAAUAGUUUUCAUGACCUGCCCUGAGAAAACAUUGGUAAACAAUAGUUUUCAUGACCUGCCCUGAGUAGACAUGGGUAAACAAUAGUUUUCAUGACCUUCCCUGUGUAAACAUAGCUGUGAUAGGAUGUAUUAGGAUAUGCACAAAGGAAUGCAAAUAUUUACACUGUGAUUUCCACCCAAGACACACAACACAUGUUCUAUAUCUCUCUCUCUCUCUCUCAUACACUCAGACCCCUGUCUCCUCCUCCUCCUCUUCCAUCCAGCCAGUCUCUACAGAUCUACUGCUUUAGACCAGAGGAGCAGAGCACCAUGGUUGUGUCCAAGGCCUGGACGUUACGACAGCACUUCCAGGGUUUCCCCAAGGCUAGUGACUUCCAUCUGAGGGAGGAGACGCUGCCACAGCCCAGGAAUGGACAGGUGAGGAUAGGAUAGGAUAGUCUUUGAAGGGCAAUUCCACUACUUUUCUAUCUUAUUUUUACUAUCUGCAGCACAAUACCAGUGUCUACAUAUUUGGAAACAGUGCAUUUCUAUGUUUUGUAGAAAACAUAUAUAACAUUACAAAGUUCUACCCGAUGACAUCAUCAAAAAAAACAACAGUGGUUUUCCAACACAGAUUCGCGGUAAAGUGGAGAGCAAGAAAACACCUUACCUCUGGGAAACUCUUUACCUCUGGGAAACUCUUUACCUCUGGGAAACUCUUUACCUCUGGGAAACUCUUUACCUCUGGGAAACUCUUUGCAGGUUUUGAAAAUCACCGUUUUUUAAACUUUUAAUCCUACCCUGUGAUGUCACAGAGAAUAUUUGUUUAGGGCCUUCUUAUGUUUUUAAGCACAGAUCAUAGACACACACUUUUUUCAUAUAUGUAGACACUGGAUUGAUGCUGGAGAUAUUGAAUAUGAAGUUGAAAAGUGGCGUAAUUACUCUUUAAUGUCUCAGAGGGGGAAAAUAGUCUUGGACACAUAGCCCUACCGGAAAUUUCACACAGAAUUAACACAUCCCUUUUGCAAUUCCAACAUGUUCCAUGGCAUAUGAAAUGACUUGAUAACCUGUGCUUAAUACAUUUGUACUAGAAACUGGUUAUCUGGGCCGAAACAGGGAGGGACUAAUCUGAAUUUGUCCAAUAUAAACAAUGUGUUUUCUUUGCAAAACGGUAAUCACUAAUGAAUACACCCUUGAACAAUUAUUCAUUUUUGUAAAAAAAUAUUUUCAGUUGCAAAACGUUUCGCUACGUUGUGCAUUAAUGAAUAGACCCCUGUUUAGGUGCUGUUGGAGGCUGUGUUCCUUAGUGUGGACCCCUACAUGAGACCCUACAGCCAGACGAAGAUGAAGGAGGGAGACGUGAUGAUUGGGUCACAAGUUGCCAAGUAAGGAAACAUUAUGGGGGAGAAGGGCAUGUGGACUCAAACACACUAUAGACUUACUGACACUCAUGUUGACACACUAUAGACUCACUGACACUCAUGUUGACACACUAUAGACUUACUGACACUCAUGUUGACACACUAGACGUACUGACACUCAUGUUGACACACUAUAGACUUACUGACACUCAUGUUGACACACUAUAGACUCACUGACACUCAUGUUGACACACUAUAGACUCACUGACACUCAUGUUGACACACUAUAGACUUACUGACACUCAUGUUGACACACUAUAGACUCACUGACACUCAUGUUGACACACUAGACUUACUGACACUCAUGUUGACACACUAUAGACUUACUGACACUCAUGUUGACACACUAUAGACUCACUGACACUCAUGUUGACACACUAUAGACUUACUGACAAUCAUGUUGACACACUAUAGACUCACUGACACUCAUGUUGACACACUAUAGACUUACUGACACUCAUGUUGACACACUAGACUUACUGACACUCAUGUUGACACGCUAUAGACUCACUGACACUCAUGUUGACACACUAUAGACUUACUGACACUCAUGUUGACACACUAUAGACUCACUGACAUUCAUGUUGACACACUAUAGACUUACUGACACUCAUGUUGACACACUAUAGACUCACUGACACUCAUGUUGACACACUAUAGACUCACUGACACUCAUGUUGACACACUAUAGACUUACUGACACUCAUGUUGACACACUAUAGACUCACUGACACUCAUGUUGACACACUAUAUACUUACUGACACUCAUGUUGACACACUAUAGACUUACUGACACUCAUGUUGACACACUAUAUACUUACUGACACUCAUGUUGACUAUAUACUAACUGACACUCAUGUUGACACACUAUAGACUUACUGACACUCAUGUUGACACACUAUAGACUUACUGACACUCAUGUUGACACACUAUAGACUCACUGACACUCAUGUUGACACACUAGACUUACUGACACUCAUGUUGACACACUAUAUACUUACUGACACUCAUGUUGACACACUAUAUACUUACUGACACUCAUGUUGACACACUAUAGACUCACUGACACUCAUGUUGACACACUAGACUUACUGACACUCAUGUUGACACACUAUAGACUCACUGACACUCAUGUUGACACACUAUAGACUUACUGACACUCAUGUUGACACACUAUAUACUAACUGACACUCAUGUUGACACACUAUAGACUUACUGACACUCAUGUUGACACACUAUAGACUUACUGACACUCAUGUUGACACACUAUAGACUUACUGACACUCAUGUUGACACACUAGACUUACUGACACUCAUGUUGACACACUAGACUUACUGACACUCAUGUUGACACACUAUAGACUUACUGACACUCAUGUUGACACACUAUAGACUUACUGACACUCAUGUUGACACACUAUAGACUUACUGACACUCAUGUUGACACACUAUAUACUAACUGACACUCAUGUUGACACACUAUAGACUUACUGACACUCAUGUUGACACACUAUAUACUUACUGACACUCAUGUUGACACACUAUAGACUUACUGACACUCAUGUUGACACACUAUAGACUUACUGACACUCAUGUUGACACACUAUAGACUUACUGACACUCAUGUUGACACACUAUAGACUCACUGACACUCAUGUUGACACACUAUAGACUUACUGACACUCAUGUUGACACACUAUAUACUUACUGACACUCAUGUUGACUAUAUACUUACUGACACUCAUGCUGACACACUAUAGACUCACUGACACUCAUGUUGACACACUAUAGACUCACUGACACUCAUGUUGACACACUAUAGACUUACUGACACUCAUGUUGACACACUAUAGACUCACUGACACUCAUGUUGACACACUAUAGACUUACUGACACUCAUGUUGACACACUAUAGACUCACUGACACUCAUGUUGACACACUAUAGACUCACUGACACUCAUGUUGACACACUAUAAACUUACUGACACUCAUGUUGACACACUAUAAACUUACUGACACUCAUGUUGACACACUAUAGACUCACUGACACUCAUGUUGACACACUAUAGACUUACUGACACUCAUGUUGACACACUAUAGACUCACUGACACUCAUGUUGACACACUAUAGACUUACUGACACUCAUGUUGACACACUAUAGACUUACUGACACUCAUGUUGACAAACUAUAUACUUACUGACACUCAUGUUGACACACUAUAGACUCACUGACACUCAUGUUGACACACUAUAGACUUACUGACACUCAUGUUGACACACUAUAGACUUACUGACACUCAUGUUGACACACUAUAGACUCACUGACACUCAUGUUGACACACUAUAGACUUACUGACACUCAUGUUGACACACUAUAGACUCACUGACACUCAUGUUGACACACUAUAGACUCACUGACACUCAUGUUGACAAACUAUAUACUUACUGACACUCAUGUUGACACACUAUAGACUUACUGACACUCAUGUUGACACACUAUAUACUUACUGACACUCAUGUUGACACACUAUAGACUUACUGACACUCAUGUUGACACACUAUAUACUUACUGACACUCAUGUUGACACACUAUAGACUCACUGACACUCAUGUUGACACACUAUAGACUUACUGACACUCAUGUUAAUAAUAAUAAUAAUAAUAUGCCAUUUAGCAGACGCUUUUAUCCAAAGCGACUUACAGUCAAGCGUGCAUACAUUUUUGUGUAUGGGUGGUCCCGGGGAUCGAACCCACUACCUUGGCGUUACAAGCGCCGUGCUCUACCAGCUGAGCUACAGAGGACCACACUAUAGACUUACUGACACUCAUGUUGACACACUAUAGACUCACUGACACUCAUGUUGACACACUAUAGACUUACUGACACUCAUGCUGACACACUAUAGACUUACUGACACUCAUGUUGACACACUAUAGACUUACUGACACUCAUGUUGACACACUAUAGACUUACUGACACUCAUGUUGACACACUAUAGACUUACUGACACUCAUGUUGACACACUAUAGACUUACUGACACUCAUGUUGACACACUAUAGACUUACUGACACUCAUGUUGACACACUAGACUUACUGACACUCAUGUUGACACACUAUAGACUCACUGACACUCAUGUUGACACACUAUAGACUCACUGACACUCAUGUUGACACACUAUAGACUUACUGACACAUGCUUUCACACACUCACCUCUUGCUCUCUGUCUCUCUCUCUCCACCUCUCUCUCUCUAUCCCUCCCUCACUCCCUCCCUCCCUCCAGGGUGAUCCAGAGCUGUAACCCCAGCUUCCCGGUAGGCUGCCAUGUGGUCAGUGAUUGUGGAUGGAGGAGUCACUGGGUGUGUGAUGUGGCAGAGCUGACCCCUGUGCUGCCCGACUGGCCCCAGGAUAUCCCCCUCUCCCUGGCCCUGGGGGCCAUCGGCAUGCCUGGGUAGGAUGGAACUUCUUCUCUCUCUCUCUCUCCUCUCUCUUCUCUCUCUUCCCUGCUCCUCCCCCCCCCCCCCUCUCUCUCUCUUUUCUCCCUAUCCCCAUCUCAUCUCUCCUCCCCUUUUCCUCGUCUCCUCUCUUCUCCCCUCCUCUCCUUCUCAUCUCUCUCCUUCCCGUCUCUCUCUUCUCCUCUCCUCUCCCUCUCUCCUUUCUCUCUCCUCCUUCUCCUUCCAUUCUCGUCCUCUCUUCUCUUCUCCUCCCCUCUCUCUCUCUCUCUCUUCUCCUCCUCUUCUCUCCCUCUCUCUUUUCAUCUCUCCUCUCUCUUCCCCUCCUCCCUCCUCCCUUCUCUCUCCCUCUCCUCCAUUCCUUCUUCUCUCUCUCUCCUCUCUCUCUCUCUUCUCUCUCUCCUCCUCUCUCAUCCUCUCCUCCCCUCCCUCCUCUCUCCUCUCUCUCUCUCUUUCUCUCUCUCUCUCUCCUCCUCUCCCCUCUCUCCUCUCCUCUCUCUCUCCUCUGUUUGUGGUUGAAGUUGUGAGAGACAUGUUGUGUGAGGGUGAAAAAGGGGGGAUUUUAUGAUUCUCUCUACAGUCUGACAGCUCUGUAUGACUGAGGAGUUGAUGAUAUCUCUCUACAGUCUACAGCUCUUUAUGGCUAGAGGAGGUGUGAUUAUUCCUCUAUAGUCUACAGCUCUGUUGGGCUAGGGAGGUGUAUAUAUCCUCUCUACAGUCUGACAGCUCUGUAUGGACUAGAGGAGGUUGAUGAAUAUCUCUUUUACAGUCUUGACAGUCUGUAUGGACUAGAGGAGGUGUGAUGAUAUCUCUCUACAGUCUGACAGCUCUGUAUGGACUAGAGGAGGUGUGGUGAUGAUAUCUCUCUACAGUCUGACAGCUCUGUAUGGACUAGAGGAGGUGUGAUGAUAUCUCUCUACAGUCUGACAGCUCUGUAUGGACUAGAGGAGGUGUGAUGAUAUCUCUCUACAGUCUGACAGCCCUGUAUGGACUAGAGGAGGUGUGAUGAUAUCUCUCUCUACAGUCUGACAGCUCUGUAUGGACUAGAGGAGGUGUGAUGAUAUCUCUCUACAGUCUGACAGCUCUGUAUGGGACUAGAGGAGGUGUGGUAUGAUAUCUCUCUACCGUCGACGCUCUGUAUGGGCAGAGGAGGUGUGAUGUUAUCUUUUCUACAGUCUGACAGCCCUGUAUGGACUAGAGGAGGUGUGAUGAAAGAUACUCUCUUUCAGUCUGACAGCUCUGUAUGGACUAAGGGAGGUGUGAUGAUAUCUCUCUCUACAGUCCGACACUCUGUAAUGGACUAGAGGAGGUGUGAUGAUAUCUCUCUAUAGUCUGACAGCCCUGUAUGGACUAGAGGAGGUGUGGGUGUAUCUCUCUACAGUCUGACAGCUCUGUAUGGACUAGAGGAGGUGUGAUGAUGAUGAUAUCUCUACAGUCUGACAGCUCUGUAUGAACUAAAGGAGGUGUGAUGAUAUCUCUCUACAGUCUGACAGCUCUGUAUGGACUAGAGGAGGUGUGAUGAUAUCUCUCUACAGUCUGACAGCUCUGUAUGGACUAGAGGAGGUGGGUGAUGAUAUCUCUCUAUACAGUCUGACAGCUCUGUAUGGACUAGAGGAGGUGUGUGAUGAUAAACUCUCUACAGUCUGACAGCUUUUGUAUGGACUAGAGGAGGUGUGAUGAUAUCUCUCUCAUCUGACAGCUCUGUAUGGACUAAGGAGUGUGUGAUAUCCUCUACAGUCUGACAGCCCUGUAUGGACUAGAGGAGGUGGUGAUAUCUCUCUACAGUCUGACAGCUCUGUAUGGACUAGAGGAGGUGUGAUGAUAUCUCUCUACAGUCUGACAGCUCUGUAUGGACUAGAGGAGGUGUGGUGAUGAUAUUUUCUCUACAGUCGACAGCUCUGUAUGGACUAGAGGAGUGUGGUGAUGUUAUCUCUCUACAGUCUGACAGCUCCUGUAUGGACUAGAGAGGUGUGUAUGAUAUCUCUCUACAGUCUGACCCGCUCUGUAUGGACUAGAGGAGGGGGUGAUGAUAUCUCUCUUUCAGUCUGACAGCUCUGUAUGGACUAGAGGAGGUUGUGAUGAUUCUCUCUACAUUCUGACGCCUUAUGGACUAGAGGAGGUGUGUGAUAUCCCUCUCAGUCUGACAGCUCUGUAUGGACUAGAGGAGGUGUUUUUAUGAUAUCUCUCUAAAAAGUCUGAAGCUCUGAUGGACUAAGGAGGUUGAGGAUAUUCUCUCUCGACGUCGUGCUGGGGGGUUAUUCUUCUCAGCUGCCCUUAUGGACUUUGAGGAGGUGUGAUGAUAUCUCUCUACAGUCUGACAGCUCUGUAUGGACUAGGAGGUGUGAUGAUCUCUCUACGCUGACGCUCUGUAUGACUGAGAGUUGAUUAUCUCCUACAGCUGACAGCUCUGUAUGGACUAGAGGAGGUGUGAUGAUAUCUCUCUACAGUCUGACAGCUCUGUAUGGACUAGAGGAGGUGUGAUGAUAUCUCUCUACAGUCUGACAGCUCUGUAUGGACUAGAGGAGGUGUGAUGAUAUCUCUCUACAGUCUGACAGCUCUGUAUGGACUAGAGAGGGGGGUGAUGAUAUCUCUCUACAGUCUGACAGCUCUGUAUGGACUAGAGGAGGUGUGAUGAUAUCUCUCUACAGUCUGACAGCUCUGUAUGGACUAGAGGAGGUGUGAUGAUAUCUCUCUACAGUCUGACAGCUCUGUAUGGACUAGAGGAGGUGUGAUGAUAUAUCUCUCUACAGUCUGACAGCUCUGUAUGGACUAGAGGAGGUGGUGAUGAUGAUGAAAUCUCUACAGUCUGACAGCUCGUAUGACUAGAGGAGGUGGUGAUGAUAUCUCUCUACAGUCUGACAGCUCUGUAGGACAAGGAGUGUGAUGAAUCUCUCUAAGUCUGACGUCUGUAUGGGCUAAGAGGUUGAGAUAUCCCCUACAGUCUGACAGCUCUGUAUGAAAUAGAGGGGGUGUUUAAAGAUUCUCUCUACCAGUCUGACAGCUCUUAUGGACUAGAGGAGGUGUGAUGAUAUCUCUCUAAUCUGACAGCCCUGUAUGGGCUAGAGGAGGUGUGAUGAUAUCUCUUACAGUCUGACAGCUCUGUAUGGACUAAGGAGGUUGUGAUGGGUUCUCUCGUCUACAGCUCUUUUACAAAAAACUCUGUUAGUUGACUAGAGGAGGUGUGGUGAUGAUAUCUCUCUACAGUCUGACAGCCCUGUAUGGACUAGAGGAGGUGUGAUGAUAUCUCUCUACAGUCUGACAGCUCUGUAUGGACUAGAGGAGGUGUGAUGAUAUCUCUCUACAGUCUGACAGCUCUGUAUGGACUAGAGGAGGUGUGAUGAUGAUGAUAUCUCUACAGUCUGACAGCUCUGUAUGAACUAGAGGAGGUGUGAUGAUAUCUCUCUACAGUCUGACAGCUCUGUAUGGACUAGAGGAGGUGUGAUGAUAUUCCCCUCUACAUCUGACCUCUGUAUGGACUAGAGGGGGUGUGGUGAUUAUAUCUCUCUAAAAUCUGACAGCUCUGUAUGGACUAGAGAGGUGUGUGAUAUAUCUCCUACAGUCUGACAGCUCUUAAAAGGACUAAGGAGGUGUUUAUGAUAAUCUCUCUACAUCUGACGCUCUGUAUGGACAGGGAGGUGUGGUGAUGAUAUCUCUCUACAGUCGACAGCUCUUAAAGGACUAGGGAGUGUGUGAGAUAAAGGAGGGGGAGACUCUUCUGGUGAACGCUGCAGCAGGGGCUGUGGGCUCAGUGGUGGGACAGAUCGCCAAGAUCAAGGUACAACUUUCCCCCAACAUUCCCACAGCGUUCCCACAACUUCUCCACAGUGUUAGUUACUUCCAAGUUGUGUUCUAUAUUCCAGUCCUCUGUUUUAUCAUGACUUUCUAAUGUAUAGAGCUGUGUGUGGGUUGUGUGGUGUGUUCCUCAGGGCGUAAUGGUUUGGGGUGUGCGGGGACAGAUACCAAGCUGUCCUAUCUAAAGGAGCUGGGUUUUGACCAGGUCUUCAACUACAAGACUGUCACCUCUCUGGAGAACUCACUCAGGGAGGCCGCGCCACACGGAUACGACUGCUACUUUGAGAACGUGAGGCCGCUGCACCACUCACACACACAGACGCACUCUUUGUCUGUGUGUGUGUGUGUGUGUGCACAUGCGUGUGUGUGUGUGUAUCAAAGUCCAAUCUCUUUCUCUCUCCUUCUCUCUGGUCAGGUGGUGCGGAGUUCCCAGGGUGUGAGUGCCCUCAGAUGAGAGAGUAUGGCAGAAUAGCUGUGUGUGGAAGCAUCUCAAUGUACAACGACACCACACCACAGAAAGGUAUAAUUGUCCACACCAGGGAAGGUAUAUGUCCCCACACCCAGACAGGGGAUUACUGUCCACACCACAGACAGGUAUACUGUCCACACCACAGACAGGUAUACUGUCCACACCACAGACAGGUAUACUGUCCACACCACAGACAGGUAUACUGUCCACACCACAGACAGGUAUACUGUCCACACCACAGACAUGUAUACUGUCCACCCACACGAAAGUUAUACUGUCCACACCACCGACAGGUAUUUGUUUAUUAGCCAGGGCAGUAUAUGCCCAACUCCCAUAAUGAUCUUACUAUAUCUGCAUCUGUGUAACUGCAUCCGUAUAUCUGUAUAUGUUAAUAUUCUAUUGCAGGGCCGUAUGUCCACACCCAUAUGAUCUUCAAGCAGCUGAGGAUGGAGGGCUUCCUGUGUGGUCGCUGGAAACACAAACACCAGCAGUCACUGAGGAGGCUGAUGGCCUGGAUGACUGAGGUACAGGGAGAGGGUUCUACUAGCGGGGUUCUACUACUAUUGUUCUAUUACCAGGGUUCUAUUACCAGUUUCUAUUACCAGUGUUCUAUUACCAGUGUUCUAUUACCAGUGUUCUAUUACCAGUGUUCUAUUACCAGUGUUCUAUUACCAGUGUUCUAUUACCAGUGUUAUAUUACCAGUGUUCUAUUACCAGUGUUCUAUUACCAGUGUUCUAUUACCAGUGUUCUAUUACCAGUGUUCUAUUACUAGUGUUGUAUUGUAUUACCAGGUCUAUUACAGUGUUGUAUUACGUGUUGUUAUUACCAGUGUUGUAAUUAACAGUGUUCAUAUUACCAGUGUCUAUUACCAGUGUUGUAUACCAGUGUUGUAUUCAGUGUUGUUUACCAGUGUUGUAUUACCAGUGUGCUAUUACCAGCAGUGUGCUAUUACCAGUGUGAUAUUAUAGUGUUAUAUUACCCGUGUUCUAGACAAGUGUUGUAUUUACCAGUGUUCUAUUACCAGUGUUCGAUACCAGUGUCUAUACCAGGUUGUAUUACCAGUGUUGUAUACCAGUGUUGUAUUAACAGUUGUUGUAUUACCAGUGUUGUAUUACCCGUGUUGUAUUUACCAGUGCGGAUUACCGGUUGUGUUUACCAGUGUUGUGUUACCAGUUGUUGUAAUUACCAGUGUUAUAUUGGCAGUGGGUUUUUUUUUUGUUUUUCCUUUUACCAGGUUGUAUUACCAGUGCUGUUAACAGUGCGUAUUACCAGUGUUAUUACCAGUGGUCUACUACCAUGUUCUAUACCCAGUGUUCUUGUCCAGUGUUUAUUAUUACCAAUGUCUCGACCAGUUGUGUUUUAUACCAGUGUCUCUAGUACCCCGUGUUGUUAUUACCAGUGUUCUAUACCAGUGUCAUUGGGAGUGUUAUAUUACUAGUGUUCUACGAACAGUAGUGUCUAUUAACAGUGCUGUAUUACCAGUGUUAUAUACAGUGUUCUACUAAAAAUGUUCUACGGAACAGUGUCUUAACAGUGUUAUUACCAGUGUUCUAUUACCAGUGUUUACUACCAAUGUUUAGUACCAGUGUUCUAUUUCCAGGAUUCUACUUACAAUGUUCUAUACCAGUGUUCUAAUACCAGUGUUUUAUUUUCAGUGUGUUACCAGUGUUCUAUUACCAGUGUUUUAUUGGAGUGUUAUAUUACUAGUGUUUACGACCAGUGUCUAUUAACAGUGGCGGUAUUACCAGUGUUUAUUACCAGUGUUUUAUACAAAUGUUCACGGACCAGGUGCUAGAUUAACAGUGCGGUUAUUACCAGUGUUCUAUUACCAGUGUUCUACUACACAAUGUUCUAUUACCAGUGUUUAUUUCCAGUGUUUACUACCAAUGUUCUAUUACAGUGUUCUAUUACCCAGUGUUGUAUUACCAGUGGGGUAGUAACAGUGUGUAUUACCAGUGUUGUGUAUUACCAGGGUAUAUACCAGUGUGUGUUACAGUGUUCUAAUUCCAGUGUUCUAGUACCAGUGUGGUAUUACCAUGUUCUAUUACCAGUGUUGUAGUACCAGUGUUCUAUUAGCCAGGGUUAUAUUACCAGGUUAUAUGACCAGUGUGUAUUACCAGUGUUGUAUUACCAGUGUGCUACUUACCAGUGUUCUCUAUUACCAGUGUUCUAUUUCAGUGUUCUAUUACCAGGUUCUAUUACCAGUGUUGUAGUACCAGUGUUAUAUUACCAGUGUUAUAUUACUAGUGUUCUAUACCAGUGUUCUAUUACAGUGUUAUAUUAUAGGGUAUAUUACAGGGUUAUAGUACCAGGUUGUAUUACCAGUGUUGUAUUACCAGGUUCUAUUACCAGUGUGUAUACCAGUGUAUAAUUACCAGUGUAUAUUACUCGGUUCUAUACCAGUGUUUAUAACCAGUGUUCUAUUACCGUGUUCUAUUACCAGUGUUCUAUUACCAGUGUUUUGUAUUACCAGUGUUGUGUUACCAGUGUUGUGUUAACAGUGUUGUGUUACCAGUGGUUCUAUUACCAGUGUUGUAUUCCAGUGUUCUAUACAGUGUUCUUAUUACAGGGGGUAUAUUACUAGUGUUCUAUUACCGUGUUGUAUUACCAGGUUCUAUUACCAGUGUUCAUUACCCAGUGUUUAUUACCAGGUUGUAUUACCAAGUGUUGUAUUACCAGUGUUUAUAUUACAGUGUUUAUAUUACUUAGUGGUCUAUUAACAGUGUCUAUUACCAGUGUUCUAUUACCAGUGUUUGUAUUAACAGUGUUGAUUUAAUAGUGUUAUAUUGGCAGUUUUCUAUACCAGUGUGCUAUUACCAGUGUUCUAUUACCAGUGUAUAUGACCAGUGUUGUAUUACCAGUGUUCGAUACCAGUGUUAUCUUGCCAGUGUUAAUUGGCAGCAGUGUUCUAUUACCAGUGUUCUAUUAUCAGUGUUCAUACCAGUGUUCUAUUACCAGUGUUGUAUACCAGUGUUCUAUUACCAGUGUUGUCAUUUUACAGUGUUAUAGUUACCAGUGUUCUAUACCAGUGUUUAUUACAGUGUUGUAUUACCAGUGGUGUAAUUACCAGUGUAUAUUACUAGUGUUAUAUUUACUAGUGUUCUAUUACCGAGUUCUAUAACAGUGUUCUAUUCCAGUGUUCUAUUACCGUGUUCUAUUACCAGUGUUGUGUUACCCAGUGUUGUGUUACGUGUUGUGUUACCAAGUGUUCUAUUACAGUGUUCUAUUACCAGUGUUGUAUUACCAGUGUUCUAUACCAGUGUUGUAUUACCAGUGUCUUACCAGGGUUAAUACCAGUGUUUAUCUUACCAGGUGUGUAUUACCCGUGUUUGUAGUACAGUGUUCUAUUACCAGUGUUCUCUUACCAGUGUCUAUUACCCAGGGUUCUAUUUCCAGGUCUAUUCAGUGUCUAGUUUACAGGUUCUAUUACCAGUGUUCUUAUAUAACCAGUGUUCUUAUUACCAGUGUUCUAUUACCAGUGUUCUAUUUCCAUGUUCUAGACCAGUGUUCUAUUACCAGUGUUCUAUACCAGUGUUCUAUACCAGGGUUCUAUUACCAGUGUAUUACCAGUGUUCUAUUACCAGUGUUUCUAUGCCAGGUUCGUUGCAAGUGUUGUGUUACCAGUGUUCUCUUCACAUGUGUUAAGUUACCAGUGUUAUAUUUACCAGUGUGUAUACCAGUGUUCUAUUACCAAGUGUCUUUAACCGUGUUCUAUUUCCAGGGUUCUAUACCAGUGUUAUAUUACCAGUGUUCUUUACCAGUGUUAUAUUACCAGUGUUAUAAUUACCAGCUGUUCUAUUACCAGUGUUAUAUAAAGUGUUGGUAUUCCUGUGUGUAUUCAAUUGGUUCUAUUACCAGUGUUCUAUUACCAGUGUUCUAUUACCAGUGUUCUAUUGCCAGUGUUCUGUUGCCAGUGUUGUGUUACCAGUGUUAUAUUACAUGUGUUGUAUUUCCAGUGUUCUAUUACCAGUGUGUGUUACCAGGUUCUAUUACAAAGUUUAUAUUGGCAGUGUUCUAUACCACUGUUCUAGUACCAGUGUUAUAUUACCAGUGUUCUAUUGGGAGUGUUAUAAUUACUAUGUUCUACGACCAGUGUCUAUUACAGGCUGUAGUACCAGUGUUCUAUUACCAGUGUUCUACUAACAAAUGUUUCUACGACCAGUGGCUCUAUUAACAGUGCUGUAUUACCAGUGUUUCUAUUACCAGUGUUCUACUACCAUGUCUAUUACCAGGUUUUUAUAUAAUAGUGUUCGACUACCAGUGUUCGAUUACCAGUGUAUAUGACUGUUGUUCUAUUACCAGUGUUGUAUUACCAGGGUUAUAUUACCAGUGUUUGUUAUAUUACAGGGUAUAUUACCAGUGUUUAUUACCAGUGUUCUAUUACCAGUGUGUAUUACUGGUGUUUAGUAUUGUGUUUAUUACCAGUGUUCUAUUACAAGGUUCUAUUACCAGUGUUAUAUUACCAGUGUUAUAUUACCAGUGUUGUAGUACAGGGUUAUAUUACCAGUGUUCUAUUACCAGUGUUCUAUUACACAAGUGUUUAUACAGUGUUCUAUUACCAGGGUUGAUUACAGUGUUUAUUGCCAGUGUUAUGUUGCCAGUGAUUGUGUUAACCAGUGUUAUAUUACAUGGUUGUAUUCCAGUGUUUAUACCAGUGUUGUGUACCAGUGUUCUAUUACCCAGUGUUAUAUGGCCGUGUCUUCUAUUUACACUGUUCUAUUAACAGUGUUCUAUUACCAGUGUUUAUUGGGAGGUUAUAUUACUAGUGUUCUACGGACCAGUGUCUAUUAACAGUGCUGUAAUUUACCAGGUUCUAUUACCAGUGUGCUAAUACAAAUGUUCUACGAACCAGUUGCUCAUUAACAGUGCUGUAUUACCAGUGUUCUAUUACCAGUGUUUACUACCACAUGUUCUAUUACCAGGUUUUGUGUAUAUUUACUAGGUUCUCAUUACCAGUGUUCUAUUACCAGUGUUAUAUUACUAGUGUUCUAUUACCAGUGUUGUAUUACCAGUGUUAUAUUACCAGUGUUAUCUUACAAGCUGUCUAUAGACCAGGUUUAUUACCAGUUUCUAUACCAGUGUUGUAUUAAUGUGUGUAUUAUUGUGUUGUAUUACAGUGUUUAUUACCAGUGUUCUAUUACCAGUGUUCGUAACAGUGUAUAUUACAGUGUUGUAUUACAGAGGGUUGUAUACCCAGUGUUUUUUUGUAUUACAGGUUUCUAUAACAGUGUCUAUACCAGUGUUCUAUUUCCAGGUUUAUACAGUGUUUCAUACCAGUGUUGUACCAGUGUUAUAUUACCAGUAGUUCUCUUACCAGUGUUUCUAUUACCAGUGUUCUAUUUACCAGUGUUUUCUACUACCAAUGUCUAUACCAGUGUUAUAUUACUAGUGUUCUAUUAACAGUGUUCCUAUACCAGUGUUAUAUACUCUUGUUUCUAUUACCAGGUUGUUUACCAGUGUUAUAUUACCAGUGUUAUAUUACCAGUGUUAUCGUUACAGUGUUAUAUUACCAUUGGUUCUAUUACCCGUGUUAUAUUACUUGGUUGUUACUUGUGUUGUAUUACUUGUGUUGUAUAACUUGUGUUGUAUUACCAGUGUUCUAUUACCAGUGUUCUAUAACCAGUGUUCUAUUUCCAGUGUUCUAUUACCAGUGUUCUAUUGGGAGUGUUAUAUUACUAGUGUUCUACGACCACUGUUCUAUUACCAGUGUUCUAUUACCAGUGUUCUAUUGGGAGUGUUAUAUUACUAGUGUUCUACGACCAGUGUCUAUUAACAGUGCUGUAUUACCAGUGUUCUAUUACCAGUGUUCUACUACAAAUGUUCUACGACCAGUGCUCUAUUAACAGUGCUGUAUUACCAGUGUUCUAUUACCAGUAUUCUACUACCAAUGUUCUAUUACCAGUGUUAUAUUACCAGUGUUCUAUUACCAGUGUUAUAUUACCAGUGUUGUAUUACCAGUGUUCUAUUACCAGUGUUGUGUUACCAGUGUUCUAUUACCACUGUUCUAUUACCAGUGUUCUAUUACCAGUGUUCUAUUGGGAGUGUUAUAUUACUAGUGUUCUACGACCAGUGCUCUAUUAACAGUGCUGUAUUACCAGUGUUCUAUUACCAGUGUUCUACUACAAAUGUUCUACGACCAGUGCUCUAUUAACAGUGCUGUAUUACCAGUGUUCUAUUACCAGUGUUCUACUACCAAUGUUCUAUUACCAGUGUUCUAUUUCCAGUGUUCUACUACCAAUGUUCUAUUACCAGUGUUAUAUUACCAGUGUUCUAUUACCAGUGUUAUAUUACCAGUGUUGUAUUACCAGUGUUCUAUUACCAGUGUUGUGUUACCAGUGUUCUAUUACCAGUGUUGUAUUACCAGUGUUAUAUUGGCAGUGUUCUAUUACCACUGUUCUAUUACCAGUGUUCUAUUACCAGUGUUCUAUUGGCAGUGUUAUAUUACUAGUGUUCUACGACCAGUGCUCUAUUAACAGUGCUUUAUUACCAGUGUUCUAUUACCAGUGUUCUACUACAAAUGUUCUACGACCAGUGCUCUAUUAACAGUGCUGUAUUACCAGUGUUCUACUACCAAUGUUCUAUUACCAGUGUUCUAUUUCCAGUGUUCUACUACCAAUGUUCUAUUACCAGUGUUCUAUUACCAGUGUUCUAUUACCAGUGUUCUAUUACCAGUGUUCUAUUACCAGUGUUCUAUUGCCAGUGUUCUAUUACCAGUGUUCUAUUACCAGUGUUAUGGACAUUCAGGAUACAAUAGAAACCCAUCCAGUAAAGAUUCCUUCUGAAGGUAGUUUUGUUGAGUCAUGUGAAUCCAUGAAAACAGUUGCCAAACACUGUGUAAGCCUGAUGAUGAUGAUGAGGAAGAAUAUGACAGUGAUGACGGCGGUGAUGAUGAUGAUGACGAGGAUGAUGAUGGUGAUGACAGUAAUGAUGACGCUGAUGACGAGGAGGAGAAUAAAAUGUUUGUGUUGAUCCUUCAGGGCAAGCUGCGAUGCAAUGAACACAUCACCAGUGGUUUCAACAACAUGCCUGCUGCCUUCAUGGGCAUGCUACAGGGAGACAACAUCGGCAAGGCUGUGGUCAAGGUGUGA